AUGCGCUGGUCCACCGCGCUGAUCCCCGCCCUCGUCGGUCGCGCCCUUGCCACCACACCGGGCGUCUCCCCGGCUUCAGUUAGCCAAUCCCAGAAUCCUGGCACGACAUUCAACAUCCAGAAGACUGUCGACACUCCAGAGAUUCCACCGACCCCGGAUAUUGUGCUUUUGGUCGAUAACACCGGGAGCAUGUUCGGUGCCAUCUCUGACAUUAGAACGAACCUGAAAACCGUCAUUAGUUCAGUCACCAGCUCCCAGCCGACCGCCGAGUUCGCCGUAGUCGAAUUCGGUGAUGCUCAGGGCGGAAGCACUGUCCCGUUCCGGGUGGAUCAAGGAUUGGCUUCAGACGUCACUGUACUGCAGAACGCGGUCAACGGCUUGACGGCCAGUGGUGGCGGGGACCUUCCGGAAGAUUGGAUUAAUGCGCUCUACCAGAUCGCUACUGGUGCUAUCAGUUUCCGCAGCGGUAGCAGCAGGGUCGUUGUCCUGGUGAGCGAUGCGCCUAGUCACAACCCCAGUGGCGGACACACCCUCGACGACGCCAUUACCGCCCUGGAGACCGCAAACAUCCGUGUCAUCGCUGUCAAUGUGGGAGGUAUUGAUACCAAUGGGCAGGCCACCUCCGUGACAAGUGCCACCGGGGGUUCACUCAUUCCUGCUGGCAACGGCGCCUCGGGCGUCACAGACGCGAUCACCAGCGGCCUCCAUGACCUCCCUGUCGAUAUCACCACCUCUAUCUCCUGUGGCGCGGGCUUGAGUGUCUCGUUCAGCCCCGCGGACUCUAAAGUGCAGAGCGGCACCGCCGCCACCUUCACCGAGACGGUGAAUGUAGCCAGCACUGCGGCUCAAGGCACCACUAUUGACUGCUCCGUCAGCUUCCUCCUGAACGGCGCGCCGGGCGGCGAUGCCUUCAUCCAACAGGUCGCUGUGUCGGUCAAUGAUAUCACACCACCGACAUUGUCCUGCCAGCACGGCGUGAACCCUGAUGGUUCACCCAACCCGAACACUAACGCCAACUUCUGGACAUUGGGUGCCACCGAUAAUGUGUCUAAAAACUUGAAGAUUUACGUGGUCGACACUGUCUCGGGCGUUAAGUUUGGCCCGUACCCGAGCGGCACAAAUAUCAAACUAGUCCAAGCACCUGGUGCUACACCCAAGGCCGUGCCAGGCCAGGGUGCAGUCAACUGGCAGAUUACGGUAAAGGGAUGCGCUCAGCUCAUUGUCAGUGAUGAUGCUGGCAAUAACGCGACACCAGUUAAUUGCUGUGCCCGGCCAUAA